AUGACCCAGCGAUCAUCUGUCACCAUCAAGUCGGGGGGCACUCAGAACUUCAGCACUUCCUCAGCCAGCCUUCUCCCAGGAUGUUGACCCAAUUUCAGCUCUGUCUCUGUGCCCCAGAGCAGGAAGAGCAUUGGAGGUGGUUUAAGGGGAGGCUUUGGGACCAGAAGCCUCCAGGGCUUUGGGGGCAGCAAAAGAAUCUCCAUCAAUGGGGGUUACCACUCUAGUCGGAGAAACUUUGGGGGUGCUAGCUGUGGGCUAGGUAUUGGUGGCAUAGGGUACAGAGCAGGGGAAGCCUUUGGUGGAUAUGGAUUUGGAGGCGGAAUGGUCCCUGGAGCUGAGGGCAUCCAUGAGGUCACUGUCAACCAGAGUCUCCUGACACCCCUGCAUCUGACCCUCAACAACAAGUUUGCUUCCUUUAUCGACAAGGUGUGCUUCCUGGAGCAGCAGAACAAAGUCCUGGAGACCAAGUGGAGCCUCCUCCAAGACCAAAAAACUGCCAGGGCCAAUCUCGAGCCCAUCUUUGAAGUCUACAUCAACAACCUGAGACGACAGCUAGACUGCCUGGGAGGAGAGCGGGGCUGACUGGAGAUGGAGCUGAAGAACAUGCAGGAUGUGGUGGAGGACUUCAAGAGCAAGUAUGAGGAGGAAAUCAACAGGCACACAGCAGCCGAGAACGAGUUUGUAGUACUCAAGAAGGACAUGGAUGCCGGCUACAUGAACAAGGUGGAGCUGGAGGCCAAGGUAGACGCCCUGAUGGAUGAGAUCAACUUCCUGAGAGCUUUCUACAAGGCGGAGCUGGCUCAGCUUCAGGCUCAGAUCUCCAAGACCUCUGUGGUGCUGUCCAUGGACAACAACCACAGACUGGACCUGGACAGCGUCAUCGCUGAGGUCAAAGCCCAGUAUGAGGAGAUCGCCAACGGCAGCUGGGCUGAGGCUGAAUCCUGGUACCAGACCAAGUAUGAGGAGUUGCAGUGGUCCGCUGGCCAGCACGGGGAUGACCUCCGCACCACCAGGAUGGAGAUCUCUGAGCUGAACCGCGCCAUGCAGAGGCUGAGCUCGGAGAUUGACAACCUGAAGAAGCAAUGCACCACACUCCAGGCCACCAUCGCUGAUGCUGAGGAGCACGGGGAGCUGGCCCUCAAGGAUGCCAGGAACAAACUGGCAGGGCUGGAGGAUGCCCUGCAGAAGGCCAAGCAGGACAUGGCCAGGCUGCUGCGUGAGUACCAGGAGCUCAUGAACGUCAAGCUGGCCCUGGACAUCAAGAUCGCCACCUACUGCAAGCUGCUGGAGGGUGAGGAGCACAGGUGAGCCAUUUCUUGUGCUCACACUGGUGAAGGCGUUGGAUCAGUUAACAUCUCUGUGGUUUCUUCCUCUGGUGGCACAGGCUACAGUGGAGGCAGCGGCUUCUGUGUGGGUGGGGGUGGCUACAGUGGUGGCCUCUGCUACAGCGCCACUGGGGACAGCAGCUUCAGUUCUACCAGUGGCCACAGCCUCAGCAGCACCAGCUCCAGCAUGCACAUCAUCUCCAAGACAUCGUCCACCAAGAAGAGCUGCAGGAGCUAA